AAUCUGUUACAUGCUUACAGGUACCUAAUUCCUCAACCGUAUCGCAUAUAAAAUAGCAACGUUCAGUGCAAUUUGUGCACAUUUUUAAGUUAAUUUUGGAGACCAAACUACAUUGGUUGGAUUGACCAAUUUCAGAGCUUCACCAGAAGUGGAAUUUUAUCAGUCUAAACAGAAUAAUUCAUUCAGAGUUUGCUGGAAUAAACGCCUUGCACACAUGCGAAAAGGUUGAAGAAUUACAUGUACAGUCAUGUAAACAGUUAUUUCUUACCUUAUGUCAUUUUGUAUUUAAUAAGUGAGGAUGAAAAAAUCGCUAGUAUGCUUUCAUACCGCCAUCACCAGUGUCUGUCCAUGUUUGUUGAUUUACACUUGAUAGUAGUACCGCAAAGGUAUACAUAUACAGUAUACAUUAUACAUGAUGAUGUAUUUAACCUCAGGUGUCUAAUUCAACUGCCAUCUUCAUGCUGGGCUUGCAGAAUGUGAUACUCCAUCACCCUAGUAUAACCUAAAGAGUGGUAUCUUAAUUCAUGUGAUAAACUAUCAGCUCAGUAUAAAGAAAGGACUUGUAAUAGCAUGGGGUACUCUCGUCAGGUGACCAAAGAACAUGCUGAUGAUUGGGUCUAGCCCAUAUGCGUUGAAUUGGAGGUUGGAGUAAUGUGUUUCACCUGGCAAUUUUCAAGUGACACAUUUCUUGACUCUGAUUGAUUCAUCCACCCGAGAAGUUUUUGUGUGACGUUUUUGUGUGAAGACAUAAACAUUGGUGAAACAUCAUGACUAAGAUAACUUGAUUAAAGAUAAGCUUGAGUUACUGAUGACAAAAAGCUGAUCAUGUAUAAAAUGGCCAGAAAAGGAAACAAGAAAAAACAGAAAAGUGAAAUUGUACAGUUAGACUCCAAUAUAAGUUCUCAUCAAUGUAAAGACCCUGUGAGAUCAGAAAACAGAAAGCGAAAAAGCCACAAGUUGGAAAGUUCAGUCAGAGAGACUAAACAAAGGCGGAGACAGUCUGAAGAAAAAGGAGAUAAUCAGAGUGAAACUCAAAGAGGAAAAGCAACUGUAAUUGACACAAACUAUGUUGGUGAAAGUGAAAAAUCUGAUGACAGUGUCAAAGAACAAAAAGUGUCUGACAGAACACGCUGUAAAUCAUUUCAAGAUCUACCAAAGCCAUCAGCCAGAAAGUCUCGGUAUAAAGCUCAGGAGCAGCAGUUACCACACUCUGUUGCUGAUGGUGACAUUCCACCAGUGAGGUGUAUCAAGGUAGAUGGUGGGUGUGUGCUGACUUUGAGCCAUCCUGAGACUCUGAGUUUUCAAGGGAAAGCACAGGUAAUGGUUCUCUGUGGAGAGGUCAGUGUGUGUGGCCACAGACUGACUGUUAAGUCACCACCAGUCAGCAUAUUCUCCCCGGUUUCUCACAGCUUACUGACUGUAACCAGUGAAAAGAAGCUGGGAAUUGUUAACAAGAAGAAGAUUGUGUCCAGUUGGGAAAAACAUCAGCUGUGCGUCAAAGACAUUGAUAACAUAAUUCCUAAUAUUACAACAGAUUCUGUUGUGCUUUUACUGAAAAAAGUUGAGAGCAGCUGUUGCAACUUCGUUUCCAAAUUCUCACCAUUUCAGACUCUGUUCACUAAAUGCUCCAUAGACCUGGAGAACUCUUUGUUUUCAGGUGUUAGAGAUGUGUUAGGAUCUAUAGAUGUUCAGAUGGGCACUGCGAUGGAUACCAUUCCACCUGUGAUUAACAUUCCUGCUGAUUUCAUAGCAGUGCAAGACAAGUGGUUGAGCAUCUUAAAGGAAAAAGAUGUUGCUCCAAAAGCUUUAUCAUGUGGUGGGAAGAAUGUUGGGAAAUCAACCUUCAAUAGAUAUUUGAUUAAUUCAACACUCCAAAGAGUAAAAUCUCUGUGUUACCUGGACUGUGAUGUUGGACAGACUGAGUUUAAUCCACCAGGAUGUAUAGCUCUCCAUGUUAUCCAUGAGCCAGUUUUAGGUCCCCCCUUCACUCAUCAGCAAGAUCCGUUCUUCAUGUGUUUCUUUGGCCUGGUAUCCCCAGCAGAAGACCCAAGAUUUUAUAGCUCUUGUAUGAAGAAGGUGUACAGUCAGUAUGAGAGCAUGGACCCCAAACCCCCACUUAUCAUCAACACCAUGGGCUGGAACAAAGGCUUGGGAAUCAACCUUCUGGUAGAUACCUGUCACAUUACCUGUCCAGACUUAAUCAUACAGCUGGAAUCCAUGAACCAAUCAAACAAUUUCCCUGCUGUUACACCUGAUUUUCUCCACUAUUCACCUGGAUGGCUGUUUAACAGAAAUGCUGAAUCUGAUGAGGAAGAACACAAAUUCAAACAUGAGUUAAUAAUAGUGGAUUCACCUGUGGUUCCAAACAUAGAAAGCCAAUUACGAUUCCAUUCCAGGGAUCAUCGUGAUUUAACAACCCUGGGUUACAUCUCAAGGUGUCUGAGGUCAGCCCAGGGACUACAGGAAGUUCAACCAUAUUGUGUACCGUGGAAGCACAUAGCCCUCCACACCUGUCACCUGGCUGUCCCACCCUCACAGAUUCUGGCUGCAUUCAAUGCCAGCUUUGUGGCCCUAUGUGUGACUGAUCACAGCAAGGCCAGGCAUAUCCAGGACAACCCUGAACUCCCCCUUCACUUUGAUAAAACACCUGUUUGUGAAUGUCUUGGGAUGGGCAUUGUUGCUGGAAUUGACAUGGAAACACAUGAGAUAUAUUUGGUGUGUCCUAUAGACUUGUCACAUCUUAAGAGAGUCAAUACCUUGAUUCGAGGUGCUUUGAAUUUACCUGACCAGUUGCUUCUUAGACAGAAGAGUGAUUCUGGCCUGCCCUAUGUGGGGAAACACCUCUCCAUGAUUGGGUCCAGCUCCGUUCGCCCAAGGCGUUACAUGCCGAGGAAAAGAGGAGAGUCAAACAAGCAUGGGACUGACGAGUAGCUUACCUUGUAAACAUCUACUCAGAGCAGACGUUCUGUCAACAGCAGCCUUUUUAACGGGAAACAUCGUGGAAAAAGGAGCAUUGGUGUAAUUAUAAUAAAUAAAGUGUAAUUUA